GAACGUGAGCAGAUUAUGACCACCAACGUGUGGCUCACCCAGGAGUGGAAUGACUACCGGCUGAUGUGGGACCCACAGGAGUACGAGGGCAUUAAGAAGCUGCGCAUCCCGUCUCAGCACAUCUGGCUGCCAGACAUCGUCCUCUAUAACAAUGCUGAUGGAACUUAUGAGGUUUCAUUCUACUCGAAUGCCGUGGUGUCCAACACUGGCGACAUCUUCUGGCUGCCUCCAGCGAUCUACAAAAGCGCCUGCAAAAUCGAGGUCAAGAACUUCCCCUUUGACCAGCAGAACUGUACGCUGAAGUUUCGCUCGUGGACCUAUGACCACACCGAGAUCGACCUCAUCCUCACCAGUGACUUUGCCAGCCGGGACGACUUCACGCCCAGUGGGGAGUGGGACAUCGUGUCGCUCCCCGGCAGGAAGAACGAGGACCCCAACGACAUCACCUACCUGGACAUCACCUAUGACUUCAUCAUCAAGCGGAAGCCGCUCUUCUACACCAUCAACCUCAUCAUCCCCUGCGUGCUCAUCACCUCGCUGGCCAUCCUGGUCUUCUACCUGCCGUCUGACUGCGGCGAGAAGAUGACCCUCUGCAUCUCCGUCCUGCUGGCCCUCACUGUGUUCCUGCUCCUGAUCUCCAAAAUCGUACCCCCGACGUCGCUGGCCGUGCCCCUCAUCGGCAAGUACCUGAUGUUCACCAUGGUGCUGGUGACCUUCUCCAUCGUCACCAGCGUGUGCGUGCUCAACGUGCACCACCGCUCGCCCAGCACCCACAGGAUGCCCGAGUGGGUCAAGCGGGUCUUCCUCUACAAGCUGCCCGCUUUCCUGUUCAUGCGCAGGCCCGGCAGCUCCAACAUCCGCGAGCGGUUCCGGCGGAAGCACCAGCAGAAGUCCUACUCAGACAUAAAGCUGGGCAAGACCGACGUCGACUCCUUCUACGUCAACGAGGAGUCGGCCAAGCGCUACGGCUGGAGGAUCAGUGACCUGCCGGAGAACACCGAGUUCCGGAGGAGGAUGACGGUCAAGUGCGAGGCGGACAUGGAGGAGGCGGUGGACGGCGUGCGCUACAUCGCUGAGCACAUGAAGAGCGAGGAUGAUGAUGAGGGCAUAAUCGAAGACUGGAAGUACGUUGCCAUGGUGAUCGACCGGCUCUUCCUGUGGAUCUUCGUCCUGGUGUGCGUGGUGGGGACGAUGGGGCUCUUCAUGCAGCCGCUCUUCCAGAGCUACAACACGCCUGCCGCGGACGAGGAGUGA